AUGCCAUUUAUUAUAACAUUUCUUCAUUUUAUAGUGUAUCAAAAAUGGCAAAUUUAUGACGUUUUUUUAAACUUAAUUGAUAUUUGUUAUGGUCUAUUAUUUGAUGAUGUAGAUAAAUUGGUAAUUUUUUGUAGAACAUCUAAAAUUGGCGCCUUUUUGUAUAUAUAUAUAUAUACUUUAUGUAUAUUUGGUUUCUUUCAAGAAGUUGGGUAUUUUUUAAACUAUAAGAAGAAACAUUCUAUGGACAAGGAUUAUAUUUUACUUUGUUGGAUAAUCUUUCAGAACUCAAUGGAAAAAAUGUUCUUUCAAAACUUAAUUGAAAAUCCCACACAUAAAAUAUUUGUGAUUGUUCAUAAUACUUCAUCAUUUAAUAAUGUAACAAAAUUGACUAAUUUAUAUAAGUUUAAAGAUGACGCUCAAAUAUCAUUCCAAAGAGAUAUAUUUUCUAUUGUGAAGGAAAUGCUGCUUGAAUUUCAACGUAUAAUAGUUGAUUUGUAUUCACCUAGUGAUAAAUAUCUAUACAUUACGACAUCUGAUUGCGAGAUAGACAAAAAAAUGUUUGGUUGGAAAGAAGAAAAUUGUAAAUACCAGUAUUUCGCAAAAACAAUUGAGAAUAUGAAGUUGAUGAAAGAUAUGGAGAAGGAAAGGAUGAUAAGUUUAAUGUAUAAGAAAAUAAAGGAGAGUAUUUUUAUGAUAGGAAAAAUUACUCCAAAACAAUUAAAAUUUGUUGAGUUAUACUAUAGUGAUGAGUCAAACUUAUCUGAAACUAAGAAAUCACGAUGGUGGGAUGAAAAGUGUGCAAGUAUUUUGAAUGACAGGAAUGAUGAAAAUUUUUCUUUUUUUAGUAACUUGGGUACACUUAUUACUAUCGUUCACAAUUUUUCGGAGGAGGAUAUGAAAGAUAUUUUUGAGUAUGUUGAUAAUUGUAUUUUGGAACAUAAGGAGAAAGUACACGGUGUGAAUAGAUUAAGAAAUGUUCAUUUUAUAGUAAUAAAUGUUGUUGAUAAAGAGGAACCAUUAUUUAAGAAAUACUAUACUGAAGGUACUGGAUCGAAAAUUCGUCUUGACAGAUAUGAUAUACAUUUGGAUGGAAGUAGCAAAGGAACGAUAGGAUUUAUUUUGCGUGAGGUAUUUAAUUUAAGUUCUUUUACAAUGACAAAUAUACCAAUGAAGGAUGAAUCAAAUUCAAAAUUAAAUUUAAGUGUUGAAAUGUACCAUCCUCAAGUUGAUUUACCUUUUAUAAGUAUAAAAAGGUUUCAAGAAAGUAUGAAAACUAUUGCUUGUACUUUAGAUGAAUAUGAAUGUAUUAAAAUGUUUAGCAACAUUAAGACGUCUAAAAGUUUGAUUACCUACACAGCGGCUUGGAAUUCAACUCCCAAAAGAACACCUUUAUUGUCACAAUCUUUGCCGUUUACUGUUUCAGAUUUUUCUUCGAGGGAAGGAUCAUGCGCAAAUGGAUUUAUUUUGGGUGGAAAGGAUAUUUUUCCGGAAUUAUUACUUAAUGAUUUACCACUUAGAGGUAGUGAGCUGGCAUUUAGUUUGUCAAAAAAUAUUGAUAAUUCAAAGGGACAAAUAUGUAUAAUUGAUGAAGCAUUGUAUGAAUCAAAGAAUGCAAAUGAAUCAGGUGGAAAGAAUCUUGCUGAUAAAAGAAUAAUGGAUAAAAUGUUUGAUUUUAUUGAAUUAUGUACAUCAAAUAUUGAGAAGAUAGAUGAACCUGAUUUAAUGAUAUGUAAAGAUUUAAGAAAUAGACUUAGUGUAAAUCCAACUGAAAGUUUAUUACAAUCAGUAGAAUCUCAGGAUUGUUUUAGAAUAGAUUCUAUAUAUGCAUACUUGAAAGCAAUGAUUGAGAUAAAAGAAAGAACUAAGGAUGAAAUGAAGUGUAUCUUAGAUGUUAUUUCUAAUUUUAGAUUUGUUUCCAAGAAUCACCAAGAUUUGUUUGAGGGAUUCUGUUAUUAUUAUUUCAAUGAUUUUGUUUCUGCUGCCGAGGUAAUUAAAGAAAAGGAAAUUAAAGAAAGGAAAAAUUUAAAAGGAAAACUUGCAAUAAGAUCGACUCAUAAAAAUGUUAUGGAGAAGUUUCUAAAGCGUUUUGACGAUACCAAACCUGAGUUUGCUGGUUGGGAAAAUGAAGAAAAUGAUGGUAAGUCAAUUGUUCAAUUGUAUAACAAUUUAAAUAAAAUGAAUGUGGAGGAAAGAAUACCAUUUCAAUCUAAGUAUGUUGCUCCAGAUUUUGAUCAAGUUUUAUUGGGAGAAUAUUCAAAAUAUACUCAACCAUUGUCAGAUGAUUACCUCAAAAUAGCCCCUCCACCAUAUUUUGGUGGUGGUAUAAUAUCAGCAGCAUAUGAAAAACAAAGGAUGGAAUACAGAAGUUAUGUUAAUCUUCUUACUAAUGGAGCACUUUCAAAAGAAAUGAAAGUUGAAAUAGAAAAGAAAUGUGAGAAAUUGAGGUUGAACUAUAGUGAACCAUUACCACCUUUGGUUUCAUCUUCCAUUCAACAUCUUGAUUCAAGAAAACGUAGAUUCAUUGGAGAUUGGUAUGAUCGUAAUCCAAAGAUACAAAGACAUUACAGUGUACCAUCUCGUGUAGUUGUAGCUUUAACAAAACAAGAAUCUCAAAUGGCUGAGAAACUAAAUAAGGAGUAUAGAGAAACUUUAAAGGGUAAAGUAAUUGAUGUAGAAACCUAUAAAAAAUUAAUAAAGAAUGUUGAGAAAGUGAUGGCAGUUGAAAGAGAUGGUAAGAAAACCACUUAA